GUUUCAUAUUCUGCAAUUUCCUGAUGUUUGGUGCUUAAAUUUUCGCCUUGGGUGUUUUUGUUUCGUCUUCUGCAAUUUCCUGAUGUUUGGUGCUUAAACUUGUAUGAAUUUGCUUGUAUGAAUCUGCUCUGCCGCUGGCCUGCUGCCGGAGCCGGACCGGAUCCAUCUGCUUUGCUACCGCUAGAGCCUGCUGCUACGAAGCCAUCUGCUGCCAUUGCUAUUGCUGCCGUUCCCCGUGGGGAAUGGGGAUCCCCGCGGGAUCGCCAUUCUCCGCGGGGAACGGGGACGGGGGGCAAAAUCUGCCUCCCCCCUAAAAAAAUCCCCACGGGGAUCCCCGUCCCCGUGACUCACGGGGAUGGGGAAGGGAUCCCGGUCCCGUGGAUCCCGUUGACAUCCCUACCCACAAAUCAUAAACCAUAACUAAUAAAACCCUAUAUUUAUAAAAUAUUGAGUAUAGGUAAAAAAAAGCAUAAGUAUAUGGCAAAUAUGUUGCAGUGAAUACGGCUGGUGGAUCGUAGUUUCAUGUCGACGGCAUAAAUGUAUCUUCAUUGUCACAACACAAUUCCAAAAUUUUGAUCUCUUGGUCAGUAAGAAUAAUUUUGUAAGAUAAAGCUAAAGAUUUAAGUACACUGAGACCUAUAUAAAAAAAUAAUUUUAUU